AUGGCUUCAAUGGCGUCACCGACCAUUUGCUUGUACCGCAUGAACCACCGUGAAUGCCGGAGAAAUCUUUGUUCCGACGGUCGUCGUAUCAUCGCUUCGAUUCCAGAGACUUCAGAUGAAAAACAUCCGAAGCUAAUUGCUCGAAGAGAGAUCAUUCUUAGGAGCAGUGAGUUAGCUAUGAUCGGAGCCAUUUUCCAGCUCAGUGGGAAAAAACCAGAAUAUCUCGGAGUGCAGAAGAACGAGAGAUUGGCUCUGUGUCCUGCUACAAACAAUUGUAUAUCUACUUCGGAGAAUAUCAGUGAUCGAGUGCAUUAUGCUCCUCCAUGGAACUAUAAUGGAGGAAGGAAAACGCCAGUGAAAAGAGAAGUUGCAAUGAAAGAGCUUCUUAAUGUGAUUAAAUCGACAAAACCAGAUAAAUUUACUCCUCGGAUAGUGGGGAAGAAGGAUGACUAUGUUCAUGUGGAAUAUGAAAGUCCAAUCUUAGGGUUAGUAGAUGAUGUUGAAUUCUUGUUCCCUCCUGGCAAAAACUCGAUAGUGGAGUAUCGAUCUGCAUCCCGUAAAGGGAACUUCGACUUUGAUGUGAACAGAAAGCGAAUAAAGGCUUUGAGGCAAGAGUUGGAGAAGAAGGGAUGGGUAUCCGAGAACAGCUUCUGA